ACAGCAAAUUAGCGGAAACUUUUCAUCGGAUCUCCCUAGCGGCUCCUCCUCGAUGUGUGUGAAGUCAGCGACAGGCAGGCCCACAGACACAUUGCGACCAGUCCAUGUAGGUUUUGCUCGUUGCAAAAAUCUAGCGUCGUGUCGAAUCGCGAGUUGUGCUGAUUAUAAAGACGUCGAAACGAAAUCUCUAUAGUCAGAGAGACACCGCACUAGCAUUAUCGCUGGAGAGCAGUAUCUAUCGCGUUUAGAUUCGAAUUGGCAGCCGCAGCGGGAUGGAGUCGUGGCUGAAGAUAUCGUGGGUAUUAUGCAUAUUCGGUUUCCUGCGCGAGAUCCGUCCCUCGGAGCCGUAUCAUGCGGAGAUAUUGAUGAGUGACUGGUAUCAAGUUACCCAGGAGGAGAUCAAUCGUUCCGUCUAUCCCGUGGGCACCUACUCCUAUCUGGCUCUACAAAUCUUUGUCUUUCUCAUCACAGACUUUCUCAGAUAUAAGCCUGUGAUCAUUGCCAAUGCCCUGACGGGCAUCUUAGUCUGGAGUACGCUGCUUUGGACUACAACACUGACGGGCCUGCAGGUGGUUGAGGUGUUCUACGGCUUCUAUCAGGCCGGUGAGGUGGCCUACUAUGCGUACAUCUAUGCCAAGGUCGAAAAGAAGCAUUAUCCGCGUGUCACCUCCUACACCCGUUCGGCCAUGUUCCUGGGAAAGUUAGUGGGCGGCCUCCUCGCGCAACUUAUGAUUGGCAUGCAGUGGAUGGUGUACCGGCAGCUCUACAUUAUCAGCAUUACAACUCAAGUACUGGCGCUUGUUUGGUCAUUCGGUCUGCCAAAGGUCGAAAAGAGUCUGUAUUUCCAUAGCCAAUCGGGCGCUGGGAAAAAUGACACAAAGUCCGAGGCAGGAGCCAUUGAGAAUGGUUCAAAUAAGCCAGAGGAAACGGUGGCAAAGCCUUCAGCUGCCACAAAGCAAAACUUUCAUGCCUUGCAGCUACUUUGGUCCCACUUCCACAGCGCCUACACAAAUCCCACGGUGCUGCAGUGGAGUCUAUGGUAUGCCAUGACCCUGGCGGGCUUUCUCCAGAUCAGCACCUACAUGCAGGUGCUGUGGAAGUCCUACAAUGAGCCUCCAAUUGCAUGGAAUGGAGCUGUGGACGCUGCACUGACGGCCCUGAGUGCAAUCUUUUCGCUGCUGGCGGGAUACUUUCCUGCAAGUCGCCUGAAGACGCGCACCAGCUUUCUGACGAUAGCUUUGCUGUCCCUACUGGAGGGUGGCUGUAUAUUGCUGUCAUCUUGGACAAGCAAUAUAUACUAUUCCUACCUGGGCUAUGUUCUUUUCGGCGGUUUAUUUGCUUUUACCAUAACGGUGGCCAGCUCUGAACUGGCCAGCAACCUGGUGGAGGACAGCUUUGCCUUGGUCUUUGGCUUCAACACUUUUAUUGCGCUCCUUUUACAAUGCAUCUUGACUUUUGUGGUUGUUUCGGAAAAUGUCAAUCUCAAUUUGAACGUUUUUGAACAGUUUACCGUUUAUGCCUUCUAUUUUAUGGUGGUUGGCAUUAUUUAUUUUAUAGUCACUUUACUGCAGUGCGCCUGGUCUUGUGCAAGAGGCCCUAAAACCAAUAAAGAGGUUGUAAAUUGAUCAUUUUUUUGGCUU